GAUUGGCACUUCACAUUCGACUCCUACGUGUGCCACCUCUCACCGGUUCCGGGGACCAGCAACGGAGUUUGUUCCUGGAGCUGCCUGUGUUUUGAAAGGAUAUCGAAAACACAUGUUGUUUUGUGUCAAAAACGUAAUUAUUGAUUAAAUAUCAAAACAUGGCGGUGAACACAGGCACAUCCCUGGUUCUGUCCAGUCUGUUCUCUGUGUUGGUGUUUGCUGGGAUGCAGAUGUUCAGCAGACAGCUGGGCUCUACAGAGUUGCUCACCAUCCUGGGAGGCUUCCUGGGCUCUGUCCUCUUCAUCUGCUCCCUCACAGCCUUCAAUAACCUGGAAAACCUCAUCUUCGGCAAGGGAUUCCAGGUCAAGAUCUUCCCAGAGAUCCUGGUGUGCCUGUGCCUCUCUCUGUUUGCCUCUGGGCUGGUGCACCGUGUGUGUGUCACCACAUGUCUGAUAUUCUCUCUGUUCGCCCUCUACUACAUCAACAAAGUGUCUGCUGCUCUGUACCAGGCAGCCGUUCCCACGGUAAUGCCAGCCAAGGCUGCCAGCAAGGGCAAGAAAAAGAACUAAGUCACUAAUUAGAUCAAACUUUCAUACCGUCAUCCAAUCAGCAUCCACUACAACGGCUAACCAGGCAAGGGAGAAAUGGUGUAGGUUAGCCAAUGACAGUGUACCCCAGUUUCCUUUUUGUAGGUCGUGCCAACCAGCAUUCUUAGAUAUUUUCCUUGACUUCUUAACUCUAUGAUCACUGAUCUCCAAGGACUGGACACCUCUCAGCAGUAUAGAUAACCUGAGACCUAGCCAGCCCAUCCAUACACUGAUCUCAGCAGUAUAGAUCGCCUGAGACCUACCCAGCCCAUCCAUACACGGAUCUCAGCAGUAUAGAUAGCCUGAGACCUACCCAGCCCAUCCAUACACUGUUCUCAGCAGUAUAGAUAGCCUGAGACCUAGCCAGCCCAUCCAUACACUGUUCUCAGCAGUAUAGAUAGCCUGAGACCUACCCAGCCCAUCCAUACACUGUUCUCAGCAGUCAUGAGUGGGGUAGAGGAAAGGAAGCAGUUUGGGAUCUAGCCAGAAUUAUGUCUCUACAUUCCCUACAUCAUCCCCAUGUACUCAGCACUUGUUUCAAAAUGCUUGUCUACAGAUCCAUAUUUUUGAUUGACGUCCUUUUUGUUUUGGUAUGAAAACUUUGUUGUUAAUGAAUUUGUAAUUAAAACCCAUUGAAAAUA